AUGCCCGCGAUCGCGGCCGCGGGCGGAUGGCGCGUCUACAUCGUAGAGACCAAGUCCGGGAAGCUGUACACGGGCAUCACCGUGGACGUUCGACGACGCCUCGAGCAGCACGCGGGCGCGCGCGCCGGGGGCGCGAAAGCGCUGCGAGGGGACCCGCCCGCGCGGCUGCGAUACGUCGAGCGCGCGGCGGACCGCGCCGAGGCGUCGAGGCGAGAGUUUGAGCUGAAGCGGAUGCGCGCGGACGAAAAGCGAGCGCUCCUCGCGGCGGCGGCGGCGGCGAACGGCGGGGGGGCGCUGAACGACGCCGAGCUCGCGGCGUUGGACCCGCUGCGCGGCGACGGCGACGACGCGGCGGCGGCGAAGAAGGAGGAGAAGGAGGACGGCGAAGAGAAGACGUCGCACCGGUGCGCCUUCUUGAAGGAGUACGUAGACGAGUGA